UCUUUUCUUCUCCGCGCGAUAUCACACACACACAGAGGACGAGCGCUGGGAAAGAUAGGGAGAAAAAUAUUGAGGAUUAGGGUUUGAAGGCAGAGAAAUAUAAUCACAGCCCAGGUGAUGGAAAUAGUGGAGAAGAAGGAGGUGGAGAAUCAUAACAACGCGCAAUCGAUUUUAGGCCCCGAUUCCGUGGCCUCCGACGUCGUCGAUAAAGAGGCAGAAGAGCGCCAAGCGCGUGAACUCAAAGCCGGUUUGCACCCUCUCAAGUACAAGUAUGUCUUUUGGUACACUCGCCGGACACCAGGAGUCAGAACACAGACCUCAUAUGAAGACAAUAUAAAGAAAAUAGUUGGUUUUAGUACGGUA